CAGGUCCCAAUCUUUGUUGCCCCUUCCAUCUCUACCAAGCGACGAUGGCGUCGAAGCGCAAAGAGAAGCCUUUGCACUCGCUGGCGGCAGGAGCCUUUGCUGGCGCUGUUGAGGGCUUUGCUACAUAUCCCACCGAAUUCGUCAAGACACGAGCUCAAUUUGCAGUCUCGGCAGGCGCAAAGCCUCCGGGCCCCAUUCAAAUCGUCCGCGAGACGGUCGCGCAGUACGGUGUACGAGGGCUUUAUUCUGGCUGCUCGGCCCUUGUAGCGGGCAACGCUCUCAAGGCAGGCGUGCGCUUCCUCAGCUACGACAGCAUCAAGCUUGCGGUAGCAGACAAGCAAACCGGCCAACUCUCCCUCCCGCGCUCCAUCCUGGCAGGCUUCAUCGCCGGCCUCUCCGAAGGUCUCUUCGCCGUCACCCCCUCUGAAGCCAUCAAAACCCGUCUGAUAGACGAUGCUCGUCGCCCCAAGCCGGAACGCAAAUACGCCGGCCUGCUCUCCGGGUCAGCACAGAUCCUGCGGGAAGAGGGCAUCGCGGGAAUCUACAAGGGGUUGGGCCCGACAAUGAUGCGUCAGGGGGCCAACUCUGCUGUUCGUUUGACAACGUACAGCUCUCUCAAGGCGAUAGCGACCAAGGACGGGCGCAAACCGGGCAGCGUCGAGACGUUCGGUAUGGGAGCCAUCGCUGGUAUCGUGACCGUCUACUGCACGAUGCCCUUUGACGUCCUCAAGACACGAAUGCAAAGCUCAGCGUCGAGUCAGUAUACGUCAACACUCAACUGUCUCACGACCAUGCUGAGAGAUGAAGGAGUGAGGCGGUUCUGGAAGGGAACGACGCCGAGGCUGACGAGACUGGUGUUGAGCGGGGGAAUCGUCUUCACCGUCUAUGAGAACACGCUCGCCCUGCUGGACAAGGGAGAGGCAGUGGCUAAGGAGACGGUUCAAGAGGUGAAGAAGGAGUCGUAGGGGCAAGGUCUGUCGUCACGCUGUAAUAGAGCAAGAUCUCAAUGCCAUCUCGUAGAAAUUCUCG